GUCAAAACAGUCCACUGGGCAUGGUGAAUACAAUUGGAGCUCAAUUUUAGAGCUCAAGAUUCACUUAAUAUAUUGUGUUAUAAGCCUGCUGUGUUAUCCCUCUGCAGGCAUGUUCCUUUGCUGAGCAUGCUGAAGCAAGACCCGGAUGGCGUUGGAAUAGCUGGGUGGCACUAACGGAUUUUGCCUGCAAGCUGCACCAGCAGAUUCAACACCUUCCUCUUCGCGACCUAGCUUUACCAUGCCGAAUACCGCGUACCGCGAAUAAUCAACAUAGUCGAACAAUCGAAUCGAACCGAAUAAAACGCAUAAGAACUUAGAUCCCAAUCCCACAAAAAUGCAGACGCGCAGCCAAAAGCGGAAGAUGGUAGCUGCCGUCAACACAGACGCAUACCAGCCAUUCAACGACGAGAUCUACCUAAACACGGUCGAAAACAUCCUCUCCGACGAACAUACCUACAACACCAGCUUUGACGAGUACAAGUCAAGUUUAAUGGGAAUUGGCGAAGGUGGGGAAGAAGUGCAGAUGCAAGGGUUAGACGGCGCGCGCGACGAUGAGCCUACAUAUGAGCGGUCUACAAGUACGUCGGAGGAAACGGGUAAUAAUGAUACAAAUAAUGGACGGGCGCAGCUUUCGGGGAAGAGGAAGUCGCCUUAUUUCGCGUCGGGUCGUGUUACACGCGCAAAGGCUGCUGCGGCACAGAAAUUGACUACAAGGAUUGUGGAGGAUCAGAGUGAGAGUGAAACUGAAUUAGGGGUAGAAUCGGAGUUUGCUACGCUUGUGCAUGAGCCAGAGCUUGCACCUGAACUUGAACCUAUGCCCGAGCGUGAGCCAGAACCUGAGCUUGCACCCGAACCUGUGCCUGCGCAUGAGCCUGGCCCUGAGCUGGAGCCAGAACCGGAGCCGGAGCCGGAGCCGAAGCCAGAGCCAGAGCCAGAGCUUGCACCUGAACCCGAACCUGAACCUGCGCCUGAACCCGAGCCCGAGCCUGAGCCCAAGGCAGAUGCCAUGAAUCUCGACAAGGCGGAUUAUGACGGCGAGAUGGAAAUAGACGCUGUUCCUGUUCCCCAGAAUGACGGCGUCCACGAAACCGAGCCAAACAACAAUCUACCCGUCGACAAAGCCGGUCUCGCGGAAGACAGAAUACUAGCAUCUCUCGGACCGGACCAGCAAUCCGAGUUGCUUGGAUUCAUAGAGUCGCAUCCUUUUAUGAAGGGACAUGGAUAUCCGGUUGGACGGUGCGCCAGGCAGCAAUUCGUGGGCGAUGUGCGUGGGAAGGCGUGUGCGCUGAGAUUAAACCAGUCUGCCGUCGACGAGCUAGUGAGGUUCAUCAGAAGGAUCUAUCUCGAGACCUGGGCAGAGGGACAUGGUGCCGACGACUAUCUUUCGGAGUUUGGAGAAGAAUUUGACGAGGAAGAUGAGGCCUUGUUCAAGAAGGAACGGAAGAGGAAGAGACGCGCCGAAAAGAACAAGGAUAAGCCCAAGAAGAGCAAGAAGGAGAGGCGAUCGAGGCUAGAGAACGGCACGAUCCAAGCUGAGGCCGAAAAACCCGAAAUCAUCAAUAUUGAAGAUACAGCGAGCGUUCUGCCAAACCACGCGCCUCAGGUAAUCGUGGAUGAUGAUCUGAUAGCUAUUACUCCGCCCAAGUCGCCUGAGUCUACCAAAAAGGACGCUGCCUCAAAAUGUGAGUCCAACCACGACAAUAUUGCUCCUGCUACGUCGACCCACAGCAGCCCCAGCAAAAGCAGAUAUUCUGAUCUGGGAUCAGAAACGGAUCCGAUUCCUCUUGAUGACGAGGCCGAAAAUGAAGAUAAACGGACUGUCACAGAAACAGAUGCCCAGAAAUCUACUGCCGCACAACCAGCUCAAUUGACAGCUCUCCCCGAGAGGAUCCGUGUGAACGGCAAACCUCAUGAAAAGAACUAUCUUGCCGACUGGGACCUAGGCCUACGGGAUCACACAAUCUCGCUUGACAAUGAUGACAACGAUAAUGUGGACGAUGCCGACGAACCGGGGGCCACUGAGGAAGCUAUUGCUUCUCCCAAGCCACCGAAGUCGACGCGGAAACCAAAGAAGAACGAAAGAAAGCCUCGUGAAGGCAUGCACAACGUCAGCGAGAAAAAUACUCCCAAGUUUUAUCUUAGCAACGAAGCGGUCACUGUUGUUGACCCCGCGCUGUUUGAGCCGAAGACGAAAAAGACACGAGCAGAAAGGGAGAGACAAAGGUUUCCAGAUGUCGACGAAAUUCUUGCCACCACGACUCUGCCCGGAGUGAUGUCGGCGGAGGAGAAGAAAAGAGAAAAGAACCGGCGCAAGCGUCAGAAGCGAAAACAAAAGAAGCGAGAUUUGAAGAAUCAAGAGCAAUCUGAACAGCAGUCUGGGAGGCAACUUGAGAAGUUCCAACCUGAUCCUAAGGAGAAUGCUGAAAACCACCGUCCGAUUCCGGACGACCCUGAAGACGAAUCAAUGGAUUAUUCAAAUAUCUUGGAGGAUCCACAUUGGGACUUGGAUUUAUAAAAACCGAGGAUUCGCACCGUGUAAUUGCGGGCGAGGAGGUGAGAUCCAAAUAUUUUGAUACUUCACAGAAGAAGAAAACUAUCAAAAAACCGUGCAUUUGCAACAAACCCGAA